AGUACAUGAAGAGAGAGGUCUCCUUCUCUGUUAAGCAAACGAUUUAACGACGCGUCGGCAGACAAAAUCUUAAUUACUUAUACGUAGCAGGUAGUCACAUAAUUCAAUCUCAUCAUUCCACAUCACAAUCUUCAACCAACCCAUUCAAUCUCACUCUUUCUUUUCUCCCCUAAUCUUUCAUCUUAGCGAUUCCAAAAUGUCGAUGCUCGAUUCCUUCUUCAACAAGGGCUUCAAAGCCGCCAAAUGCAAAACUCUGCUGAAACUGACUAUUCCGCGGAUAAAGCUGCUGAGGAACAGGAGAGAAAUUCAGAUCAAACAGAUGCGCCGUGACAUUGCCAAGCUUCUUGAGACUGGCCAAGAAGCUACUGCUCGGAUUCGGGUAGAGCAUAUUAUUAGAGAAGAGAACAUGAUGGCAGCUCAGGAGUUAAUUGAGCUAUAUUGUGAGCUGAUUUCUGUCCGCCUUCCAAUAGUUGAAUCACAAAGGGAGUGUCCUCUUGACUUGAAAGAAGCAAUAUCCAGUUUGUGUUUUGCUGCACCAAGAUGUGCUGAUCUGCCAGAGUUGCUUCAAGUUCAAAUGCUAUUUGUAUCUAAAUACGGGAAAGAAUUUGUAUCAGCAGCUACAGAGCUAAUGCCAGAUUGUGGUGUCAGUCGUCAGUUGAUAGAGUUGCUAUCUGUUCGGGCUCCUUCCGCUGAGAAAAAGUUGAAGCUUUUGAAAGAAAUUGCCGAAGAGCAUGAACUGGAUUGGGAUCCUGCUGCAUCUGAAGCUGAAAUCUUCAAACCGCAUGAGGAUUUGCUGAAUGGUCCGACACUGUUUGUCAGUGGGUCUAAGUUGCCGCUUCCCAAAGAAAAACAUGAUGAGACAUUGUACUGUGCUCCUGAUCAAGUUCAGAAAGAACAGUCUGAUUCUGAUGAUGGUUUGGACGGAUUAGACUUUCCGGAAGUUCCUAAAGUAUCAAUAAGACCCAAUGAGAGUACAGCCUCAGCACCUGUAAUGGCUCCACUUUUUCCAACCCCACCACACCCUGAAAUUGAUGACAAGUUAUCAAAAGAUUCUGAGGUGAUUGGACAUCCAUACAAAGAACCGUCCUUUAAGUCUGAAGAAGAAAGAGCAAUAGAAAACAAGCAUGAAUCUCAUGCUUCAGUUGGUCAUGGAAAUGAUGUACAGUUUUUGCCAUUUAUCUCUCCCCCAUCUCUUUCUUCUGCAUCGUUUCCUGUGAGACAUACGAAUCCACCACCACCCUCUCUUUCAAGAAGAAAAAGUGAGGUCAAUGUAGAUAUGCAAGAUGUAUUAGCUGCUGCUCAGGCCGCUGCAGAUUCGGCAGAACGUGCGGCAGCAGCAGCUCGCUCGGCAGCUAGUCUUGCACAGGUAAGAAUCAAUGAGCUGACCAAGAAAAACAAUGAAGAAGUAUCUGAAAGUAGCAGUGAAAACCCAUUUCAUGAAGAGAUUCCUAGUCAGUCAGCUAAAGAAAAGCCAGAUUUUGAUCAUCUUAUCCCUGAUGGUAAUUCUAGUGGUGUUAUAAAUUCUCCGGAACCCCAUCAAGUCCAUGAAUAUGGCCGGGGAUCAGAGACAUCAAAUCUUUCAUUUAUGGACUCGGCUAAAGUGGAUUUUGAUUCCGCACCUCCUCCCAGUGAUCAUGUUUUUGAACACGAGCCUGCUCAUCACCAGCCUCAGAGAUUGACUUCAAUGGAUGAUGACCCAUACUUCUCGUACCCAAACUUAUUCACAUCGGGAAACAAUGUUGGAUCUGGUACUCACUCUUCCACAGAUAAUUCACAUGAACAGUGAGUUCAUUAAUUUCUGUGUCUUGCUGGUCACAGUAUAUGUUUAUACUACUAUCAAAAUACAUUUGUUAGAUAU